AUGGAUGAAAGGGGACACGAGACCCCAGACGCCGUGGCGAGGCUGGGAGGCUCCCAGCACGAGGCUCCCCCCAGGCCGACUCCGGCCGGGGGGCAGGGAGGGGGGAGAGGAGCUUCCUCGGACCCCUCGGGCGCCUCCGCCGACGCUCGCUCGUCUCCUUCCGACUCCCCGGAUGCGAAGGGCGGGGCGGGGUCUGCGCAGGAGCGUGGGGGCGCGUGCGUGCGUGCGGAGCCCGGAGGUGGCCCCGCCCCUCGACGCCCCGCCCCCUUCUCGAGCACCUCCCCUCCCCCCCGCGGGUCCAGCCCCUCCUCCUCCCCCGCCGUCCCGAGCCUCGUCUGGGCCGCGGCUGCACUGAUUGGAAUCCGCCGCCGCCGCCGCCUCCUCCUCGCGCAGCGCGGGGAGAGGGAGAGAGAGAGGGAGGGAGCCGGGAGAGACGACGAGAGGAGCGGGAGUGACGCCUCAGAGGCGCUGCGCCGCGCCAGCCGCACCAGCACCCGCCCGCGCCCGCACCGCCCCAGCCGGAGCGCGCCCCGCAGCCGGAGCCCGAGCCUUGCCGGCCCGAGAGGUCGCGGAGGCCCGGGGGGGAGGGCGGCGGCGGCGGCGGCGGCGGCGGUGGCCGGGGAGGGCCCCAGGAGUCCGGCCGCCCGGCCCUCGGCAGGAAGGAUGAGCCCCCCGCGCCCUCGAUUCAUGGAAAUAUGUGUUACUUUAAUAUUGCCUUGGAAUUAAUGAAGUGGAAAUAUAGAUCAAAGCAAUUUGAAGAAAAUAGAAAACACAGUUUUAUUCAGCAGACUCU